GUAACUUGGCCUAUCCAGACCUACGGAGUCUCUUUCAGUAUUUCCAUUUGAUUUCUUUGUCAUCAACUGAACCCCCACUAGAGGGUUUUCUAAGGAGAAGGUAUUCUUUAAUAUAUAGUGAUUGACACAAAGGAAAAAUAAGGCGGUCUUAGAAAAAAAUAAAUGAAAUAAUAACUUCUUGUUUAAUUUGGGGGGUAACUUUGAUUUUUUAUCCAGGUAAUCUGGAGCUCUCAUAAUGUUUGCCAAAGCAACGAGGAAUUUUCUUAAAGAAGUUGAUGCUGGAGGUAACCUGAUUGCAGUAUCAAACUUGAAUGACUCUGAUAAGUUACAACUUCUAAGUCUGGUGACCAAAAAGAAGAGAUUCUGGUGCUGGCAGAGACCCAAGUACCAGUUUUUAUCUGUCACCCUUGGAGAUGUACUCACAGAAGACCAGUUUCUGAGUCCAGUGGUCGUGGAGUCGGACUUUGUGAAAUACGAGGGCAAGUUUCAAAACCACGUGAGCGGGACCAUCGAGACGGCACUAGGGAAGGUCAAGCUGAAUGUUGGAGGCAAAGGACUUGUGGAAAGUCAGUCUUCUUUUGGAAGCCUGAGGAAGCAGGAGGUGGACCUGCAGCAGCUCAUCAGAGAUUCCACUGAGAGAGUCAUAAAUCUGAGAAAUCCGGUGCUGCAGCAGGUGCUGGAGAGGAAGAGUGAGGUCCUGUGUGUCCUGACCCAGAGGAUAGUGACGACGCAGCCGUGUGUGAUAUCAGAGCACAUUCAGAUAGAGGAGAAGUGUGGCGGCAUGGUGGGGAUCCAGACCAAGACGGUGCAGGUGUCUGCAAAGGAGGACGGGAACAUCACCAAGGACACCAACGUGGUGCUAGAGAUCCCGGCUCCCACCGCCAUCGCCUAUAGCGUCAUCGAGCUGUACGUGAAACCGGAUGGCCAGUUCGAAUUCUGCCUCAUACAAGGGAAACACGGUGGCUUUGAGCUUGAGAGAAGUGGCUCGGUCUUCAUGGACCCUCUGCCCUUUCAAGAGUUUGCAUUUGGGGACAUGCCAGAUGCUGCUCAAGGACCAUCUGCCCUGGAUUGGCCGUUGAGUGUUUUAAAACAAGCCACUUUGCUCCUGGAGCGGAACUUCCGUCCCUUUGCAGAGCUGCCGGCACAGCAGCAGUCGGCGCUGAGCCACAUCCUCCAGGCCGUCCUGUCUGAUGAAGAGCUACUCAGGGCCCUGGAGCAAGUGUGUGAGGAUGUGGUCAGUGGCCUGUCAUCCCCACUGGCGACACUGGGGGAGCUGAAGCCCCCACAGCAGCAGGACCUCACAGCUUUCCUAUGCUCGGUGGGGUACAGAGUGCAGGGCGGGUGUCCAGGCCUGGAGGAUGCAGUCAGCAACCAGAAGCUCUUUUCUACAGCGUACUUCUUGGUCAGUGCACUAGCAGAAAUGCCAGAUAAUGCAGGAGCUCUGCUGGGUGCUUGCUGUAAACUCCAGAUUAUUCCUUCGCUGUGUCACUUGCUCCGUGCUCUCUCUGAUGAUGGAAUAUCUGAUCUUGAAAACCCAGACUUGGCUCCUCUGAAGGAUAUGGAAAGGUUUAUGAUUGUGCAGCGUUUGUUUGCCUCAGCUGACAUGAACCUGGAGAGACUGCAGUCAUCUGUGAAAGUUGUCACCCAGAAGGACCCUAACAUUUUCCCACUAAUUCUUUAUAUAAGCCUAAAUGGACUCUGUGCUUUAAGCAGAGCACAUUAAUAGCACCAUAUGUGAAUUACAAAUACAUGUUAUCAGCCAAGGCUGGGUAUUUUCCAGCAUUGUUAAGAUACUACUGAGUUUAGCCACUAGGUACUCUAUAAACAGUUUUUCAUAAAAGGCCUAUGCUGGUGACCCAGUGUCUAAGUUAGAUUCUAGCAUCUGAAGAGCUAGAGGAUGGUUGAGAAUUCU